AUGACAUAUAAUGAAAGCGAUCUAAAUAAAAUCCUCAAUAAAGAUAAUUCUCUUUUACAAGACGAUAAUGAAAUAAAUGAUUCUACCUUCUCAUCUUCAAUUGUUAAUGUAAAUUCUUCAACAAAUGAUACAAAUAAUAAUAAAUCAUUUAUAAUUGAAUCAACUUCUAUUUCUUCAGAGAGCUCAGAGGAUGAUGAAUUCGAAUCACCGUCAAGAGAAUCAUAUGAAAAUAGAUACUUCGAACUUUCAACAAAUAUUUUACUAGAUUUCCUGUCGACCUCUGAUCAACCUAAUGUGUCAUCUUUUGACGCCGUUUCACUCCUUAUUUACAAGGCUACAUGCCUAAUAGUCGUUCUUUGUUUAAUUUUUUCUAUAUGCGGCGCAUUUUACUUAAGGCUAGAAUUUGGCUUAGACCUCUGGUUUAUUAACCUUUCUUGGACAAAAUUAUAUUCCUCAUGCGCCUUGUUUUUGGGUUACUGUCUUUAUAGAUUAAAUUCAUCCUCGUUUAGGGAUACAUUUAAUGUCAUAAAGUUUGGGAUGUUUGUCAUCAUCACCAUUCAAUUAUUUAUGUUUCAACUUUCUAUACCUUUAAGUGAUGUCAGAGCCCAUCAAAGUCUCCAAUUAUUUGUUGUGGUUGGUCCUUUCGUCAUCAGUUUAUUUUUUUUAACGUUCGCCGGAAAAGUUUUUGACGCUCACCAAGAAGAUCAACGUGCUUCGUUAAGGGAGGAUCGCGAGAAUUCAAAAAAAUUGGCUUAUGAUCGUUUCAUUGAAACAAGGCAAUCUUAUCUUCAGACCAUCUCUGACCAAUUGCGUCAAACUACCGACAUGUCAAAGAAUAUUUUAAAACAAUUAUCUCCUCCUCAUUUUCUAUUCAAACCACAUGAACAAUUAUCGGCUUGUUCAAUUCCAAUUCCCACCGUUUCUAUAAGUGCCAUCUACAAUAUUUUAAGGGAUAUAGAUUAUAUAUCUACUCAUUUGGGAACCUUUUCAUUUUUAUUACAUUCAGGAAAUCUUGACCAAGAAACUUCUCACGUUAAACAAGAAUUUGAUAUUGGUGAGACCAUACAACACAUUGGUGAUGUCCUUGCUGGUGACAUGUGCAAAGCCAAGGUUGAACUGGUCAUUUAUCAUGUGGAUUAUGGUUUAAAUCAUUUGAACGUCAUCGGUGAUCGAGCUUCUUUUAGCCACGCUAUCUUGGAUUUAGGACUACAAAUCCGUUCUUCAGAUGAGUCAGAGGUAACUGAAAAAGAACGGUCGAUUAAUCCACAUGACAGAGUCACUUGUAUGAUCGAAAUCGUACAUAUUGCGGGGGUUAAUCUGUCAAAAAAGUCCAAUCACAACAAACCAGUUAUUCCUAAUGCAAAUUUGACUCAUAAACUUUUACGUUUUUUGGGUGCUGAUAUAAAAAUGGAGUCAGAAGAAAAUUCGCAACGACUCGAGAUCACAAUUGAGCUAGAGGCGGGAUCACCUCUUGCACCACCUAAUGUACCAAACGUUAAUGAAGAAAUACGUCGACGAUAUCCUCAUCUAAGAAUAACCGGAGAACCUUCUAUGGAAGAACUCAUCAAAACCUCACGAAAUAUGAGAGGUCAAAGGGUUGCUUUACAUGCUACAAGCAAAAGUUAUUUUGCUCAACGUAUUACGAGUUGUUUGACUACGUGGGGUACUGAUGUUUCGCAUGUACCUAUAGGCGGAGAAGAGGGUUUAGAAACACCUCAAUCGAUCACUCCUUUAGAUUCAGGGGCUGGUACUCCACAACCAUCGGAAGAUCAUCAAAAUCAUGAUGAUUUGCAACAAUCAUCAAGUGCAAAUUUACCACCUACCUUUAUAAUCAUUGAUGAUGAUAUCGAUACGCUAAAGAAACAACUUUAUCAGCUGCAGAAAGUUCCAUUCCCAUUAAAAGUUCGACAACGGCACGAGUCAACAUCAUCCUCAUCAUCACAAACUACAGCCGUAAUUCAUUUCACAUCACUCGCAAACUAUAAGUCGGUAAAGGAUGCUGUUCAAUAUAUUAAUUCAUCACCGCCAACAACUUGUUGCCUUAGUUUACCACAAGUUUUAGUCAUUCCGAAACCGGCCGGUCCGAGACGUUUUUUAACCGCGCUUCAUACGACCAUUAAUAAAAUCGUGGUUGAUCCGGUCUAUAUGCCUAUAGCCACGUCACCUAUGAGCCCGGGCAAACAAUAUUCAAAUUCAAUAAAUUUGGAUGAAGCCACUAACGCUGGUCAUGGUGUAACUGGAAUUACUAAUGGGAUUAUGGGUAAAAGUUCCGGCGUAAAACAACCCACAUCCCCCCCUCCUCCUUCUCCAUCAUCUACUUCAGUAAAAAAUCAAACCGGGCCCCGUCGUAAACAUCUUAAGUCUAGAAAGAAACAAAAUAAUGCCGAUACUGUAAUACCGCCAAUCAAUGUCUUGAUAGUUGAAGAUAAUCCCAUCAAUCAAACAAUUUUGUCAACGUUUAUGAGAAAGAAGAAGAUUCAGUAUGAAUGUGCAUCUAACGGGAAGGAAGCCGUAGAAAAAUGGCAAACCGGAGGAUUUCAUUUAGUUUUGAUGGAUAUUCAACUACCCGUAAUGGAUGGAAUUGAAGCAACUAAGACGAUAAGACGUUUAGAGAAAUCACAGAAAAUAGGAGUUUUCCCCUCAGCUCAAUCAUCAGCUUCUACAUCUGCUGCUUCUUCAGUUUCAUCCACACCUGCAACUACUCCCAUGCAACAACCCCUCCCUCCCACAGCCGACUUACCUGUUAUUAUCGUGGCACUCACCGCUUCCUCAUUGUCAAGCGACAGGCAGAAUGCAUUAGCAGCAGGUUGUAAUGAUUUUCUAACCAAACCAGUGAGCUUAGAAUGGUUGGAAAAAAAGAUUCGAGAAUGGGGUUGUAUGCAGGCAUUAAUUGAUUUUGAUGGUUGGAAGAAGAAAUGGAAGAGAAACGGAGAUGAACAAGGAAUUAAGGACAAAAAGACCGAAUCAGCAAGUGUUAUUGGGAAAAAGAAUAAUAACUCUGAUAACCCUAGAAAGGACGGUGAUAAUUUACCUAAAUAUUCAAAACAAAAACAAACACAGGAUGAUAAUAGUUCAACGAGAGAAAUUAACAAUACUGAUAAUAACAAGACCACUGCCUCGAAUGGAACAAUGUCAUUAAUUCAACCAAUAGUUAUCAAACCCAGUGUUCCCGUUAUGAAGAGUCAAUCUAAUACUAAAGAAUCCAUUAUUGAAUCUAAUGUAGAAUAUAAUAAAAGAAAUGUUAUUUGCACAAUUUCUACAGCAAACAACUUGAAAAAUAAUUUAAUUAACAACAAUUUAUUAACAUUAACGACCACUCCAAUCUCAUCUACGACCAAUCCCACAAAUGAAUCAUCCUCACAACCUUCAACACCAUUAUCAACAUCAUCCCCUCCAAAUAUAUUAAGGAAGAGGGGAAAUACUGUUUCUUCGGUAACUAGUGUAAAUAUGAGCGUCAGUAACCAAAGUGAUAAUAAAUAG